AGACGCCAGCUUCAUUCAUUGCCCCAUCGUUCGAGCUUUCAGGACACUAGACUGGGCAAUCUUGAGCUCAAUCCUGCCUGCUCCAGCAUCGUUACGCACACCCCAAGAUUUUCUUUGGGGCCUGAUAGAGGAGUCUAAAGUUGCCGUCGAACUCAUUUGUGCUUGCCCCAGCUUGCGAGCUCUGAGAGAAUCAUGAGCGGGCUAGAGAAAUCGCUUUUCCAGCUGAAGUUCACAGCAAAGUCUUUGCAAAGGCAAUCUCGUAAAGCGACGAAGGACGAAGCGAGCGAGAAGGCCAAGUUGAAGAAGGCUCUCGCACAGGGCAACACUGAAGGUGCUAGGAUCUAUGCGUCGAAUGCCAUUCGUAAGAAGAAUGAGGGCUUGAACUUGUUGAGGCUGGCAAGCAGGAUCGACGCUGUAGCUAGCAGAGUGGAGACGGCGGUGACCAUGAGGCAGGUGACUGGCAGCAUGGCGUCAGUGGUAAAGGGUAUGGACAAGGCUAUGGAGUCAAUGAACCUUGAAAAGAUCUCUCUUGUGAUGGAGAAAUUUGAGCAGCAAUUCGAGGAUAUGGAUGUGCAGACUUCCUACAUGGAAGGCACUAUGGGCGCCAGUACGGCCCAGACUACGCCUCAAGAUCAGAUCGAUACCCUCUUGCAACAAGUGGCAGACGAGAAUGGGAUCGAGGUCAAUCAGCAGCUUGGCGAGGCCUCUUUGGAAGGCAAGGUUGGCCCGCUCAAGAGCGCUGAACCAACUCAGGCUGUCGCAGACGACGCCGAUGAUAGACUUGCCGAGAGACUCAGAGCUCUUCGACCUGCUACUUGAGACCAGAAUGAGACGCCUUCUCCAGCUCGUGCCUUGCAGCUCACACUUCACUGUCCAAGAUCAUUCCCAAGACUGCACAUGUCAGCAUACCUUCUGCGCCCAUUCG